AACAAAAUAAAUACACAAUACACAUAAAUUACACACUUUAUAAAGUUAUUGCACAAUUUAGCUCUAAGUAGGAUAUCAAUGUGAUUAACUUCACUUGAUUUAUUGUUCAAUGUCUAAUUAUUUUGCAAUUCAUACAAAAUAACAAUAAAUUUUUAUAUUAGGUAUAUAGGUGAACCUUCAUGAACAAAGUGCGCAAAAUUUAAAAACAUUGUUUAACUCAUAUCGGGUAUUUCAAUUGUUUCCGUCAAAUCAGUAAAGAAAAAUUGUAUCACACGAAAAUAAAGCUUUGCUAUAGUCUUUGCAAGUGCUAUAUCACAAUGUUCCUAAAUAAAAUUCAAUGGUUAAAACCGUCUUUAAUAAAUUAUCUUUACUAUAAUGAAAGAAGGUUUCAUGCGCAAAUAGUUAAGAUGCAAACAACUAAGACUUUAGAAGUUAAUCGGGUAAAUGAGCCAGAAAAACAUUCAACAACUGGGUUGACGGCGAGUAAUACACCAACAAAAGAAAUAUUUGCGGCACCAAGGGUUGUACCUAUGGUGCUUUCAGAUAAAGAUCCGAUAGUUUUAUCGUUUGAUGAAGUGCCUGGCCCGAAAGCUCUAAAAUAUUUAUCAACAGUGCGUUAUUAUUUGUCUGAAAUUGGAACGCAGGUUACUGCUGGACUACUAACAUUAGGCUUAAACAUAAGUUCAUACAUGUCAAACAGGAAGUCAAUACGUGCUCUUUCUUCUCUUUUCGAUGAAUACGGGCCCGUAGUCAGAUUUGUAAGUCCGGUUGGUGGAGACAUAGUUCUUCUUAAUCACCCUGAUCAUAUUCGUAAAGUGUUUGCCAUGGAGGGCGAUUACCCAGUUAGAUCAACACUUGAAUCAUUGGAGAAAUAUAGAUUAGAACACAGAAACAAUCUUUACAGUGGCUUGUAUACUGCUCAAGGCCAGGAUUGGAUUCGACAAAGGACCCUUUUGGAUGUCCCAUUACACAACGCCAGCACACAUUACGCUAACGCAAUUUAUGAGAUUUGCGACAAGUUUGCAAUAAAGAUCUACAAUUUGAGAAAUCACCAAGAUGAAAUUGUCAAGGAUUUCUAUAAGGAAAUACAUAAAUGGGCAUUUGAUUGUAUGGGCCUAUUGAUAUUUUCGAAGAAAUUCUCAAUGAUCGAUACAGAACUAGUGUACAGUCAGUGCGACAUGUCCUGGAUGUAUCACAACUUGGAGAAGGCAACGGAAGCGAUAGACAAGUGCGAGUCGGGUUGGCAUGCGUGGAAACUCUUUACCACACCUUCUUGGUUUAGCUUGGUGAAGUACUGCGAUAAUUUGGACAACUUGAUUGGGAAACAUGUCUUAGAGGCUGAACGACAAUUUUCUGAAAAUGAAGAAAAUGCCAUAAAUCGAAACUGUUUAAUAAAUGCGAUAUUAUUAAGCGAUAAUAAAUUAAGCGCAGAAGAUAUCGCCACGAUCUUGAUGGACAUGCUUCUUAUUGGAGUAAAUACGAUCGCCUCCUCUAUGUCAUAUCUGCUAUACUAUAUUGCAAAACAUCGGAAAGUUCAACUGAAGCUUUAUCAAGAAAUAGCAACGGAGUAUCCAGAAUUAAAAGUAGACGACAUUACCAAGCUAAAACAAAACACUCCAUACCUGCAAGCUUGCAUAAAGGAGACACUGAGGCUUGUCCCGCCGAUUCCUUUACUGACCAGGAUUUUACCAAAGAACAUCACAUUGGAUAGAUAUAAUAUACCAAGAGGAACUCUAAUUAUUAUGUCUACACAAGACGCAGCGGUAAAAGAGACAAAUUUCGAUGACGCAAAAAAGUUUGAUCCCGAGAGAUGGCUCAAAGAAGAUUCUAGUGAUUAUCACGCGUUUGCUUCUGUCCCAUUUGGGUAUGGUGCCAGGAAGUGCCUGGGCCAGAAUAUUGCGGAGACCAUGCUUUCUCUUCUAACAAUAAGGGUGUUGCAGAAGUACAAAUUAGAAUACCACUACGGGGAUGUGCAGCCAUCCCGAAGUUUUAUUUCAAAACCAAGCAAGCCACUAAAAAUAAGAAUUAUCGACAGAAUUUAAUUUUUCACCUAAAUUCACCUAGAUUUGUUGGUUACAGGUAUAAUAAUAAAAAAUAAGCAAUUGAAA